AUGCUGCCUGCUGCAACGCCCGCUGCGCGCAUGGUCGCCGGCCAGCGUAAACGCCCUCUGAGUCCCGGUCGCCGCAGGCUGUACAAGAAUCAUGACCCUAACCGCCUCGGCGACUUCAAGAAGGUCUGGGCUUACAUUGGCGUGCACAAAGACCCUACAACCGACUGGGAUUCCGGUCCCGACCACAACAAUUUGCUCCCCGAUCAGCCUGCCCUCGGAGACCGCCUUGCCAACCUUCUCGUAUCGACAGAUGCAUCUGAAAAUCAGACGCUGGCCCAUCAUGCCCUAUCCAUGGCUGACGGCGAGCACAGCGAAGAACCCGUCGAGAUCGAGACGUCGGUCAGCAAUGACGGCGAAAAUCCCAAUGUCUUCUCCCCCGAACUGAACCCCUCGAGCUCCCCUGAGCCUGAGAUUCCGGCCUCGCCCACGUUGGGUAUGCCUAGUUCCGCUAUGGCCGCAAAGUUUACGCACCAUGGAUCCCACGUUUGUCACCAGAGCUUCGCUCUCUCAAACAUGUGCCAAUCCUCCGUCGAGGCGCGCGCCGCUGCCUUUGCUCUGCGGAUGAAUGGCCCUGUCGAUGCGUCACCCGAGAAGGCAAAGACGACGUUCGACGACUUGCGGCGCGUCGUACUGGCGGACUUCAAGUCUCAUGACGAGGACAGCAUGGCCGACUUCCCUGCUGAGUACGCCAACGGUAUUUACGUCUACAUUGACUGGUCCAACAUUAUGAUUGGCUGCCAGGAGGAGCUCAAGCGUGGCUACGGCCUUCCUCCCACUUCACGCCGUGCUGAUGUCCUCGACUUCGCCCGCAUCAAGCUCAUACUUGAGCGCGACCGCGGCAUCAAGAGCCGUGUCCUCGCUGGCAGCCGCUCCGCCAAGCCCGGCCAGAAGGAGCUCAAGACCCUGGACGCCUUUGUUGAGCACGGCUAUGAUGCGAGCAUUCUUGAGCGUGUCUACCGUCCCAACGAGCAGGCGCAGGCUCGACCCGGCUACGGCCUUCCCCUCGAGACGAGCCCGCGCAAGAUGCAGGAACAGGGCGUCGAUGAAAUCUUGCAGAUGAAAAUCUCCGACGAUAUCAUUGAUGGCGUCAUCGCUGGCACGCCCGGCGUUGUUGUGCUCGCCACAGGUGACGGCAACGAGGCCCAAUUCUCCAAAGGCUUCUUCGCCAAGCAGACUGCUCAACAAGGACCUCGGUCAGCACAGGCUUACCGUGGCGUUCGUGCGGCCCACGUUCAGAACGCGUGCCACCCGGUCUACGGCGAACUUCCGCAGGAGGCCGACAUCGCCGCCAGUCUUGGUGAAAACCUUGACAGACUGCCUACAGCCAAGCUGAGACGCAUGGUCAACCGGUAUUACGGCAUGUACCAGCAGUAUCAGCUCCAGCAUGACAUGGCCGUCAAGCGAGGAGAUGCUACGGCGGCUAGCUUUCUCCACGGCUGUAUUGGCAUCAGCCAUGGCAAUUGGGCCAAACUUGACAAGCUCUUUGAUCAGUCAAAGAACAAUGACCUGAGGGGCUCAGCACUGGGGGUUCAGCAUGGACGAAAGUCCUGCCUGAUCUGA